AUGGCCCGCGUCGACGACGAGGCCCCCCCGACACCCUUAUCGCCCGCCAUGGCCAUGUCGACCAGGAGCUCCAAGUCAGCAGCAUCAUCGUUCCGUUCGGCUACCAGUGACGACGCAUCGACGCUCGAUAACGUGAGCAACUUUGAAGAGAUCGGCCUAGAGGACGAUGACGACACCGCCACGCCCAGGAGGACGGCUAACGGCAUCAGCAGCAGCAGUGCUGCAGCCUCCCGUCGCCAGCCGUCACCCACACCGCCAUCGACGGCCAGUAGCGGAGGCGGGCGGAUGCUGGUGUCGAGCAAGCGCGCGCCCAAGCCUCGGUCGUCGUUCCCCAACCUCCGGUCGGCCGUGCCGGCGUCGAGCGUGCGGAGCACGAGCCUGACGGUGCUGACGGACACGUCGCGGCCCGCGCUCAACCGGUCCAGCUCGUCGCUGUCCUCGUCAUCGCGGCAGAGGAGCCCCAGCCCGGGCGGGGGUCUGAGCCCGAGUAUGGCCCACCCGCCCCGGCGGGACUUGAGCCUGCAGCCCAGCAGGCCGCGGAGGGGCAGCUGGCAGUCGGCGCACCGCAAGUCGUUCGCCGAGCUGGAGCACGAGUGCGACGAGGACGACGGCGACGACAUCCCCGACGGGCUCAUCCUCGACAAUGUGCCCAUGUCACCGCGGCCGCAGCACGAGAGGCCGCCGAGCCGUCAGCCGUCGCCGUCGUCGUCGGACAGGCAGCCGCACCAGCCCAAGGAGAGGGUGCGCAGCGUGGGAAACGGCACGCCGCCCGUGGCCCAGGCCCAGGGAUCGCUCAGGUCGCCAACGUGGAAGACGGACGCGGCUGCCGACAGGCCGCAUGCCGCCAAGUCGCGCGCGCACUCGUGGAACGCCGCCCUCGCCCACCUCAGCGCCGAGGCCAAGGCCCUGACGGAGAAGCUAGAGGAGCACGCCGAUGAGGAGGAGUCGCGGGCCCUCAGCCGCGCGGCCGCGCGGCCCAACACGUGGAACUCGGCGUCCUCGUCCUCGUCAACGUACUCGGCCGGAAAGAAGGAGAGGAUCAGGUCGACGCCCGAACUGCCCCCGCUGCAGAGGGGCGGAGCCGCCAUGAUGAUAGACCCCCUCCCCGUGUCCAAGGAGAAGGAGGCGGUUCUCAGCCGCACGCGGCCGUCGUGGCUCCCGCCCAAGAACCCGGCCGAGGAGCGCCGCCACGUCCGCGAGUACCAGAAGAUGAUGGCGGCGAGCGCCAAGGCCGACGAACGCCGCGAGGCCGCCCGCCGGUCGCGCACCGAGCAGAGGGACAACACGCUCACCGGCGCCGUGCGCGCCUGGGACGAGGACGUCAUCCCGCGCUGGAACGACGCCAUCCGCGAGAAGAAGACGCGCGAGCUGUGGUGGCGCGGCGUGCCCCCGCGCUGCAGGGGCACCGUCUGGCUGCAGGCCAUCGGCAACGACCUCGGCCUGUCGGAGCGCUCGUUCGACACCGCCCUCGGCCGCGCGAGGGAGCUCGAGUCCCGCGUCGACGAGGAUAGGGGCGACGCAGACGACAUCCGCAGGGCACAGUGCUUCGACCAGAUCCGCCACGACGCCGCCAACGCCACAUAUACUGACCUGCACAUCUUUCACGAGCAGGGCCCGCUGUAUCGCCUCCUCGUCGACGUCCUCAUGGCCUAUGCCAUGUAUAGGAGCGACAUUGGUUAUGUAUCCGGAUGUAACACCAUUGCCGCCCUCCUCUUACUCAACCUACCCAGCCCAGCCACAACCUUCAUCGCCCUAGCCAACGUUCUGAACCGCCCUCUCCCCUUGUCAUUCUACACGGGCGACGCGGGCGCUCAGAGCUCGGCGUACAACCUGGUCCUGCAGAUGCUCUCGCAGAAGUCGGCCACCCUCCACACCCACCUCACGCGAGGCAUCCCCGGACUCGAGCCGGCCUGGUACCUGGCCGACAUGUACACGUCCCUGUUCACGGGCCACCUGGCCGUCGACGAGGCUGCGCGCCUCUGGGACGUGUACGUCUUCGAGGGCGAUGCCGUGCUCGUCAGGGCCGCCGUGGCCAUCCUGCUGUCUAAUGAGAUGGCUCUGCUCGGGAGUACGACUGAGGCCGGCGUCAAGUCCGUGCUGCUAUCUAGGCCCAAGACUACGACCGACACUGCCGGUAGUGAUGCCAAGGCCAUAGCCGAGGACAAGUUUAUCGCCACGGUCAGGGAGGCUGGCAAGAGAUGA